AUGGGUAUCUCCAUGUUCGAUUCGAAGAAUGAUGCCGGACUAUUUCGACGAGUCGAGUCUGUUGAUCACGACGUACACGGUGCCACUGGUGUAGAUGUGCCUGUGGUCAUCAUUGGUGGAGGACCUGCUGGACUUUUCCAAGCUCAUCUCUUAUCUCAACUCGGAGUGAGAUGUUUGAUCGUCGAAAGAUAUCCAGAACGACUGGGCGCACCAAAAGCUCAUGCACUGUCACCAAGGUCAUUGGAGAUAUGUCGUCAAUUCCACCUGGACGUCAAAAAGAUCCGCCAUUCAGGCACUAAGAGAUCUGAUGCCUAUUGGGUGAAUUUCGUCACCAACCUAAGUGGUGAAACCAUUGGGGUCCUCCCCUACGAGCGUAUGGAUGUAGAUGUCCUGCAAGACACGCCCGAUAUGAUCCAUAAUAUCCCUCAACCUGUUUUUGAACAGUUUUUGACAGACGUGCUGGCAAAAGAUCCAAACGUGGAUAUCCGUAAGGGCGUCUCAUUUGUGUCAUUAACCCAGGAUUCUGAGGGAGUUGUCACGACUGUCGAGGAGCGUGCUACUCGUCACCAAUUCCAAAUCCGUUCCAGAUAUCUCAUUGCGUGUGAUGGGGCGAGGAGCAAAGUGCGUCAUGUACUUGGAAUUGAAAGUGACGGAGAAGAUUCUUGUAGGCCAUCACUGUCAUGGGACGUUCACCAUGCUUACAUUCCAGAUGAAACAAUGAUGACCAUCCACUUUAACGCAAACUUGCGCAAGAUCGUAGGAGAUCGAGUUGGCAUGCUCCAUUGGAUUGCCGAUCCUUUGGCCUCCGGUUUCAUCAUCGCCUAUGACUUAUCAGGAAAUGCAGUCUUGAUCAGCAACUUCGACGCUACUAAAUGUCCGAUAGAGAGCUGGAAUCAGGAACUGUGCCGGCAAACUGUAGUGAGCGCAUUAGGAACUGACGUGCCCUUUGACAUCCUCAGCUACCGACCCUGGCUCCUGCGCCGUAAAGUCGCCAAGUCAUACAGGGCGGUGAAUGUCUUUUUGGCUGGAGACGCGGCACACUCAUUUCCACCAACCGGAGGCCUGGGCCUGAACUCUGGACUAGGGGAUGUGCACAACCUAGCAUACAAAAUUGCAUUUGUCCUCAAGGGGCAGGCAGGCGACAGUCUACUUGAUACGUACGAAUCAGAGAGACGCCAUAUUGCUGUAGUGAACUCAAUGCAGAGUGUCAAGAACGGCAAGCAGAUAUUCGGACUUCUGAAGACAUUAGGGAUUGGCGACGACACGGUCGCAGCCAGGAGGAACCUAUACGCAAUUAUUGGGAACCCCGAGAAGAAGAAGGUGAUUGACGAGGGCAUUGAAGCCCAGCAUGAGCAUUUUGACAACCUCGAACUGCACAUUGGUUAUGUCUAUGGAGACUAUUCGAUCCCACCAAAUGCUUCGAGGUAUGUGCCGAAAUUCAAAGUGGGCGCGAGGCUGCCUCAUGCGUGGAUACGGCCGGCACAAACUACGCUCGCACCGGUGGACGUCUCGUACGUCGAUGAAUUUUCGUCCGAGGAUAUUCAACUUCGUCAAUACAGCACCCUGGACUUGUGCGACUUCGACAAGUUUACGCUGAUAGGAGACCUGGAGGUACCUGGGGUCAAGACAUGUCGACCAGGACGUGAUUUCGAGCUUGUACGGCCAGGAGGGGAAGAGUGGUUGGAGGCGGCAGGGUGCAGAAAAGGUGGAGGCCUCCUUCUCCGCCCCGAUCAGCAUAUUCUGAUGGUGUUGGAUGCCAGCACGACGGUGCAGGAUGUACAGCGGGUCAUGAAGCAGCACUUGGGCACUUGA